AUGAGUCUGAUUCUGUCUUCGUGGCUGAACGAUGAUGUCAAAUUAUCCCGUAAAGUAUCUGCCACCGAGCUAGAUUCGUCUUUUCGUACUGGAUACCUGUUGGGUGAAUUAUUGUACAAGACAGGUGUCAUUGUGGACUUUGCCGCAGUAUAUACUCCACUAGACGGUCCCGAUGCCUGUAUACGUAAUUUCACGGCAUUGGAGAGAACAUUACGAGACAAGCUCGGAGUCAAACUAUCAUCAAAAGACGCUAUUGAUUUAAUUAAAGCUCGACCAGGAUGUGCUGCCAAUUUAUUACUGGCUAUAAAGACUGCGUUGAACACGCAACGUACCCCUACACUUCCAAAUGCACAAUCAUUGGGGUUGUCACAAACACGAAGUAGUUUGGGGUCGCUUGAAGGAGAGGGUUCACCGCAACAGCAGACAAGGUCGCUGGCUAUUAAAUUUGACUCGGAUUUGAAGAGGAAAUUUGCGGAAAAGGAGCAUGAUUUUUUUGCCGAAAUGCUGAGAUCAAAGCUAAAACGUACUGAUAGUGUACCUGCCAAACCGAAAAGCGCUGAAAGUACACCUGUAAAGCCAGUCGAGUCGCCUACCAUUCGAGUCGCUAGACGGUUCUUGGACUCAACAACACCGCCAUCCAAAUCAUCAAAACGAGAUGAAGAAGAUUUAUUAGCUAGAUCUAUGCGUGGUGCUGCACCAGCUGUAGAACCGCCGCAGAAACUUGGGUUGGUGGCAACGCCUAAUGAUGCGGAUGCUAGGAGGGCGAGACAGUCAGAGUUGGAGCAGCGUAAACGAAAAUCAGCCGCCAAAAGUUUUGAAACCCAAGUCGCUUCAUUCGAAAAGCUUAUCGGUGAUGCACCAUCCGUACCCUCUACUCUCGAACGUGGUGAAUCAAUGGAGAUUGCACCAUUCGAUGACGCCAAGGAGAUUAGGAGAUUCAUGACUGUGCGUGCGCCUAUGGAAGCACAGAGUCAUAUCAAGAUGCUCAAGAGUCAGAUACCGCCUGAGCAGUUGCGGAAGGAGGAAAAUCGAGAGUAUUUGGAGAACUUGCGGACCAGGAAGAAGGAAGAAGAUGCUGCACGUCGAGAUCGUGAACUGAGACGUCGUCAGGAAGUUGUUGCUCAGAAGGUGGAUAUGGAUAAAACGCAAGAGAAUAAGCUUGAUGAGGUUGUGUUGGCUAGACUUAUGAGACAGUCAAAGCAGGAGCGGCGGAUCGCUGAGCAACUGAUGCAAGUACGACGUGAAAAAGAAGUCAUGAGAGAAAACCGAGUGUUUCGAGAAAUGCAAUACGCUCAACAACGAUACCGAGACAAUGAAAUGGAAACCAGUCGUGAAUCAGAGAUUGCCAGGAGAGCUCGUGAAGAAUAUGCUGCACUCAGUUCCUUUCAGAUGCAACAACACAAGGAGAUUCUGGCUCGGCGUACUUUAGAGAAACGGAAGAAGCAUUCAGAGUUUUGCUCCUAUCUUGUUUGGCAGUUUGUUGAGCUUGCUACGAAGAUUUCGGAAUAUAGAACCCUGAAUGAGGGUAAAGAAGUACCCAUGAAGCUCGUUCGAGAAUGGAAGACCUUGUUUUUGAAUGGAUAUCCUUUACAAGCGAAAUAUGAACUUGAGUUGGAGAAGGAUGCGGCCAAGAAUCUUUCAGAGUUGGCCCAGCCUCAACUUCAACAACAGCCGACAGCGAGCAUGCAAGUUCAACGAAGUGUCGGGCCAGACAGUUUCCGUAAACAUGAUGUCGUUCCGGGUAUUGAGUUGCUGGAUUCGACCGAGUUUAGUGAUUAUUUGAAUGCGUCGGGAGAUUGGGCUAGUGCUUCUGACUCGGAUUUGGGAACCAAGAAGAAUGAGCUGCUAGCAACUCUUGUAGACAAUAUUUUAGCUUUAUCUCAACCCGCUGAGCUUGCAGAAGCUGCUAAAUUACGGAAUGUGAGAUUACGGUUGUGUGUUGUUGGACGACGAUACUCUGGCCAGCGUACUUUAUGUGCUGCUCUAGCUUCAACAUAUGGAAUUCAAGUUCUGCAAACUGAAGAGAUUGUUAAAGAUGCUAUCAAGCAAGCCAAGUCAAAGGAUAUAGCCAGACCAGCAACUGCUACUCAAGAUGGUCUCCCAUCAAUAGCUGAGCUUGGAACGCGUCUAGAAUUGAGCUUGUUGGAAGGAUCUGCGCCUGAUGAUGCAACGCUGGUUGGAGCAGUUGCAACUGCCAUCAAGAAAUGUGAAGAAGCACGACUUGGUUGGGUGUUAUGCAAUUUCCCUAAAUCGCGUUAUGAGGCACAAUUGCUCGAGCGAUAUCUGUCUGGAUACGAAGAGCCCAAAGCUGUCAAACCUGGCAAUCUCAAACGUGGAGCAACCAAUGCUGGUCCAGGGAGUGCCAGCACAGCUCCGCAAUCCAAGCCCAUCGUCGCUGAAAUUCGCAAAUCGUUAAUUGCACCCAUAAGCAACUCUGUAAAUGAUGCACCUCUCAAACCACUAUGCAGUGCAUUAGAUGCUGUCUUCCUUUUAGAUAUCGACAAUGACCUCGCCGUACGUCGAUCAGCUGGUCGUCGGGUAGAUCCCGUCACCGGAGUCAUCUAUCAUUUAGAAUUCAAUCCACCCCCAACUGGACAACAGGGUGUUUUGGAUCGCCUUGUUGCUCUACCCGAUGUAGCGAACGAGACUGCGCAGAUACAGAAUCAGUUGGCGCUCUUUGAUGAAGAGGAAUUAGGACUGAAGGAUUGGUUUGGACGAUUCCAGAACCUCCAUGUUGUUGACGGGAGUGCGCCACCGACAAGUGUGUUUAGUGUUGUUGAAGGGACGUUGAAGGUUAUUGUUAAGAGUAUUGAUCAGAGUAUUGAGGCUGCGAAGGCGGCUGCUUUGGCUAAGGAGGCUGAAGCUGCAGCUAAAGCUGGAGGUCAACCUCAAGUGUCAACCACCACACAUGGUGAAGAAGGAGUAGCAACAAUAGCCGAUGGAUUACCACCCAAACCGAAAACACCAACAAGACCAGAUUCUCGAUCUGGAGCUCGACCUGUUUCUCCUGGCAAAGAUGCAAAGCCCACGGCCAGAACGUCAUCGCCUCCCAAAGAUGCUAAAUCUUCUGUCACCCCACCUGGAAUCAAUCAGACUGCAGUUCUUACCGAUCCUCCACCAACAGUUCCCGGUACUAGUACGAUAAACGUCCCUCCAUCUGUGCCCCCCACGCUAGUUAGGUCUACUGGUCCAGAUGGGAAGAAGAUCCCUGAUAAGGAUCUUAUUGAUACGCUGAGUGAUCAAUGGACGACAGUCGAAACCUCAUACACUGAUGAAAUCAAAUUCAUCCUGAGGAGUCUUCGUCGUGAGCGAGAAUUCAAUCUUCGACACUUUUUCGAAUCCAAGGUUGCCUUCAAGCAGUUUUUGGAAAGGCCUGAUCGUCGACAAGUAGUGAUUGAUUUGUUUCAGAAAGAGUUUAAUGAAAUUGAGGAAGAUUUGAGAUAUGACAAUGAUGUAAAGGCCGAGCUUCAUCAACGCGUAGAGGAUUUACGUGAAAAGCUUUGGGACCUGUCUGAUAUGCGUCGAGAAGAAGCAGAUGCAGAACGGGCCGGGUUGAUUGAAGACCGUUGGGUUGAAGAUCACAUGUUAGUAUUGACGAAUUGUUAUGUUGCUGCUGUACAGGCUGAAGUUGAGCGGUAUACUGGUACUCGGCAAAUAGUGUUGGAUUAUUAUAGGGAUGCUUACUCAGCUUUACUACUUGAGCAUGAAAAGAUACAAGUCAGGGUACCAAUCGCUACAGCGAGGCACUCAAAUGCUGGUGACGUGAGCUUAUCUGCUUAUGAUCUCCAUCGAGACGCAUCUACUCGCAAACGUGGAGAAACCCCAUUGGAUGCACCAAAACCAGCAACUGCUUCUUCACCUCCCAAGAGUGGUAGUAAAGUAAGUGCAGCUCCUACAACUCCCAGUGCCAAGGAUGUCAAAAGACCAGCAACCAAUGCCCGAAGUGCACCGUCUGCUCAUGUAGUCGAGAAUCCAACAUAUGCUGAUUCUGAGUCUGCCAUGUUGGCUGAUUUACAACGCGCUAUUGAAGCCGCGAUUUCUAUACCUGUCCCGACUGCUGAAGCUUUAUGUGGUGGGAAAAAGGAUGGACAUGCUAAACGGGCUGAGACUGCUGGGCCUGCUGGGGAGGAGAAGAUUACGUCUGAAUACGAUCCUGAGAUUCCAAUUGAAUGCUUCAAGACCCUUGAACUGGAAGAUCAAAUGUAUCGAUGGCGUAUUGAACGGCUACGACAGCGGGGAACUAAUGAUAUCAAGGAAUUGCGAGCCAAAGCCAUUGAAACCUUCUCAACUUUGUCAGAUUGGACGAAUCAACGCUUCCAAGCUGAAAUGGAUGGUGUCCGUGACAUUUCCUUAUACAUUCGUGAUAAUAUUGAAAACGAAUCGAAAUUGCCAGUGGCGCUUGUCUUGGAAGGACCAAAGUUCACCAUUGAGAAUGAUGUUCUUACAUUUGAGCCUGAGCCUGAACCGAGGCCUGGAAGUCCUGUUGAGAGGAACAAGGCGGACCAGUUUACGAUUGCUCAGAUUGCUGCUCUUGCCCUGCAAUAUCGAGGAAUUGCUCCCUCUGGAACGGUUUCUAUUAAGGAUUUUAUUGGGGUUUUGGAACGGACUGCUCUGAAUGAUCGAACACUCGUCCCCGAGAGUCUUGCAACUUCAGUAGUUCAAGAACAAGUGGCUGCAUCCCUUGAUUUGUUUGAGACUGGGUUUGUGAGCUGGAGACGGUUCUUGUUUACCGUGGCAAAUGUUUUGCCUGUCGUUGGUGAUGAUACCUUGAUCAAUUUGGCUAAGCGAUACAAGUCAUGCCCAUCGUAUCAGGACGGUCAAGUCAGCCAACCCGAUUUUUUGUCGGUACCACUUUGGUUUGAAAGUGGUUGGCAAGCUGAUGCGCGUAAAUUCAAUCGACCGGCAAAGCUCAAACUUGCACUUUGUGUACUGUUUGGCGAUGGUCCUCUACCAGCCUCCAUUCCAUUUGGUUUCGAAGUAUCCGUGGAUGAACUACAGGACUCUCGCUUUGUGAUUAGUGGUGAAGACGAAGAGGACGGUGGAAAUCCUGCUCCAGCUGAUGCGAAAACUCCCGUGGGAAUGGUCAAUGUUCUGGAACUAUUAAUGUAUUCUAGUGCAGACUUCUCUCCUAAUGACGGACUUGUGAAGGCUUUGGGCGUCUCGAAUGCUCUGACUAGCAUGACUAUUGAUGAUAUCUACAAGGUCUUCCAUCUUGGACUUGAACGACUACCAGAUUCUCAGCGUGUCGUUGACGAUGAAUUCAUUUAUGAUCCAUACCCGAAGGCCUUGUUGUUACAGAUCGCAGAGUCCAUGUCGAAGGGAAAUGAUAUGCCUAGCGCCUUCAUCAAAAGUGCAAGAGGAGUUGAAACUACCGCAUCUAUCGUCGCUUGUCCAUUAUACGAACUGUCGGAAGUGAUGCUGAUUGCUACGAGGUCAAGACUCUCAACAGGACUUGAUAAACCGUCUAAAUCGCCAUCUUUGUAG